AUGUCUAACCAAGAGACUUACGAAUUUCAAGCUGAGAUCACUCAGUUGAUGAGUUUGAUCAUCAACACUGUGUACUCAAACAAGGAGAUCUUUCUAAGAGAACUUAUCUCGAACGCCUCGGAUGCGUUGGACAAGAUCAGAUACCAAGCGCUUUCUGACCCAAAGCAAUUGGAAUCCGAGCCUGAACUUUUCAUCAGAAUCACUCCAAGACCAGAUGAAAAAGUUUUAGAGAUCAGAGACUCCGGUAUUGGUAUGACCAAGGCCGAGUUGAUCAACAACUUAGGUACGAUCGCCAAGUCUGGUACUAAGGCGUUUAUGGAGGCUCUAUCCGCCGGUGCCGAUGUUUCUAUGAUUGGUCAAUUCGGUGUCGGUUUCUACUCUUUGUUUUUGGUCGCCGACAGAGUGCAAGUCAUCUCAAAACACAACGACGACGAACAAUACAUCUGGGAAUCCAACGCUGGUGGCUCUUUCACUGUCACUUUGGACAACCACAACGAGAAGAUCGGUAGAGGUACCGUCUUGAGACUUUUCUUGAAGGAGGACCAAUUGGAAUACUUGGAGGAAAAGAGAAUCAAGGAGGUUGUUAAGAGACACUCCGAGUUUGUCGCCUACCCAAUUCAAUUGCUUGUCACCAAGGAAAUCGAAAAGGAUGUUCCAGUCCCAGAGGAGGAGAAGAAGGACGAGGAAAAAUCUGAAGAAGACGACAAGAAGCCGAAAUUGGAAGAGGUUGACGAAGAUGAGGAUGCUGAAAAGAAGACAGAAACCAAGAAGGUCAAGGAAACCGUUAAAGAGUUGGAAGAACUCAACAAAACCAAGCCUUUGUGGACCAGAAACCCAUCUGACGUUACUCAAGAAGAAUACAACGCUUUCUACAAGUCUAUCUCUAACGACUGGGAGGACCCAUUGGCUGUCAAGCACUUCUCUGUUGAAGGUCAACUAGAGUUCAGAGCUAUUCUAUUCAUUCCAAAGAGAGCUCCAUUCGACUUGUUCGAAUCUAAGAAGAAGAAGACCAACAUCAAACUUUACGUCCGUCGUGUUUUCAUCACUGAUGAAGCGGAAGAAUUGAUCCCAGAAUGGCUAGGCUUCGUCAGAGGUGUUGUCGACUCUGAGGAUCUACCAUUGAACUUGUCUAGAGAAAUGUUGCAGCAAAACAAGAUCAUGAAGGUCAUUAGAAAGAACAUCGUUAAGAAGUUGAUUGAAACUUUCAACGAGAUUGCUGAAGACUCUGAACAAUUUGAAAAGUUCUAUUCUGCUUUUGCUAAGAACAUCAAGUUAGGUAUCCACGAGGACACUCAGAAUAGAUCUGCUUUGGCCAAGUUGCUACGUUACAACUCUACCAAGUCUGUCGAUGAGCUAACUUCUCUAUCCGACUACGUUACCAGAAUGCCUGAGCACCAAAAGAACAUUUACUUCAUCACUGGUGAAUCUCUAAAGGCUGUUGAGAACUCUCCAUUUUUGGAUGCUUUGAAGGCCAAGAACUUUGAAGUUUUGUUCUUGGUUGAUCCAAUUGACGAAUACGCCUUCACUCAAUUGAAGGAAUUCGAGGGUAAGACCCUGGUCGACAUCACGAAGGACUUCGAGCUCGAAGAAAGCGAUGAAGAGAAGGCUCAAAGAGAAGAGGAAAUCAAGCAAUUCGAGCCUUUAACCAAGGCCCUAAAGGAAGUCUUAGGUGAGCAAGUCGAGAAAGUUGUUGUUUCUUACAAGUUGGUUGACGCCCCAGCUGCUAUCAGAACUGGUCAAUUUGGAUGGUCUGCUAACAUGGAAAGAAUCAUGAAAGCCCAAGCCUUGAGAGACUCCUCUAUGUCCUCGUACAUGUCGUCCAAGAAGAUCUUUGAAAUCUCUCCAAGAUCCAAGAUCAUCAAGGAGCUAAAGACCAGAGUUGACGAGAACGGUGCUCAAGACAGAACCGUCAAGGACUUGACCAACUUGUUGUACGAGACUGCUCUAUUGACCUCCGGUUUCACUUUGGAAGAGCCUGCCUCCUUUGCCUCCAGAAUCAACAGGUUGAUUUCUUUGGGCCUAAACAUCGAGGAAGACGAACCAGAAGCUGAAACUAAGGAAACCGCCACUGAGGCUUCGGUGGAAGAGGUUCCAGCUGAGACCGAGAUGGAGGAAGUUGACUAA